UGCGCCCUGCCGCCCGCCCCUCGCCGUGAGGAGGAGGUGGAGGAGGAGGCGGCUCGGGGAGAUCGAGCAGCGAGCUGGAGCGCGGAGCGUGAGUGAGGGAGCAGAGCUGCCUGCCCGCCCGCCGCCGCCUCCCCUCCGUAAGCAGGAGCCCGGGCCGGGGCCCGGCACGCAGCCCCAGCCCCUCCCUCGUCGUCAGGCCGCGAGGGCAGCGCGCGCGAGCCAGGGGGAGGGAAAGCGAGCGAGCGAGCGCCGGGAGGAGGCGGCCGGACCGAGCGAGCGCCCGCGCGUGUGGCGUGAGGGGAAGCCGCUGCCCGCCCCCUUCGCCUUCCCUUCUCUCCCCCUCCCCGCUCCCCCCCCGACCGCGGAGCAGCACCAUGUCGGCGCCGGCGGCCAAAGUCAGUAAAAAGGAGCUCAACUCCAACCACGACGGGGCCGACGAGACCUCAGAAAAAGAACAGCAAGAAGCAAUUGAACAUAUUGAUGAAGUACAAAAUGAAAUAGACAGACUUAACGAACAAGCCAGUGAGGAGAUUUUGAAAGUAGAACAGAAAUAUAACAAACUCCGCCAACCAUUUUUUCAGAAGAGGUCGGAAUUGAUCGCCAAAAUCCCAAAUUUUUGGGUAACAACAUUUGUUAACCAUCCACAAGUGUCUGCACUGCUUGGGGAGGAGGAUGAAGAGGCGCUGCAUUAUUUGACAAGAGUCGAAGUGACAGAAUUUGAAGAUAUUAAAUCAGGUUACAGAAUAGAUUUUUAUUUUGAUGAAAACCCUUACUUUGAAAAUAAAGUUCUCUCCAAAGAAUUUCAUCUGAAUGAGAGUGGUGAUCCAUCUUCAAAGUCCACUGAAAUCAAAUGGAAAUCCGGAAAGGAUUUGACAAAACGUUCAAGUCAAACGCAGAAUAAAGCCAGCAGGAAGAGACAGCAUGAGGAACCAGAAAGCUUCUUCACCUGGUUUACUGAUCAUUCUGAUGCAGGUGCAGAUGAGUUAGGAGAGGUCAUCAAAGAUGAUAUUUGGCCAAAUCCAUUACAGUACUACUUGGUUCCGGACAUGGAUGAUGAGGAAGGGGAAGGAGAAGAAGAUGAUGAUGAUGAUGAAGAGGAAGAAGGAUUGGAAGAUAUUGAUGAAGAAGGGGAUGAGGAUGAAGGUGAAGAAGAUGAAGAUGAUGAUGAGGGGGAGGAAGGAGAGGAAGAUGAAGGAGAAGAUGACUAAUGGAACACUGAUGGAUUCCAACCUUCCUUUUUUAAUUUUCUCCAGUCCCUGGGAGCAAGUUGCAGUCUUUUUUUUUUUUUUUUUUCUCCUUCUCCUCUUGUGCUCAGUUGCCCUGUUUUUGAGGUCUCUUUUCUCCUUUAUACCAUGGCUCACAACUUAUUUUGGGGGGAAAUACCUUGAGCAGAAUUCAGUGGGAAAAGAAUCUCUACCCCUUUCUGUUCCAGAUUCAUUUUUAUCCCUUCCUGUCUCAACAAAAACUUUAUGGAAUCAACACCACCAUGCUCUGUGGGAAAAAAGAAAAACCUUCUGCUCCCUUAGCUCUGCUGGAAGCUGGAGGGUGCUAGGCCCCUGUGUAGUAGUGCAUAGAAUUCUAGCUUUUUUCCUCCUUUCUCUGUAUAUUGGGCUCAGAGAUUACACUGUGUCUCUAUGUGAAUAUGGACAGUUAGCAUUUACCAACAUGUAUCUGUCUACUUUCUCUUGUUUAAAAAAAGAAAAAAAAAACUUAAAAAAAUGGGGUUAUAGAAGGUCAGCAAAGGGUGGGUUUGAGAUGUUUGGGUGGGUUAAGUGGGCAUUUUGACAACAUGGCUUCUCCUUUGGCAUGUUUAAUUGUGAUGUUUAACGGACAUCCUUGCAGUUUAAGAUGACACUUUUAAAAUAAAAUUCUCUCCUAAUGAUGACUUGAGCCCUGCCACUCGAUGGGAGAAUCAGCAGAACCUGUAGGAUCUUAUUUGCAAUUGACAUUCUCUAUUGUAAUUUUGUUCCUGUUUAUUUUUAAAUUUUUCUUUUUGUUUCACUGGAAAGGAAAGAUGAUGCUCAGUUUUAAACGUUAAAAGUGUACAAGUUGCUUUGUUACAAUAAAACUAAAUGUGUACACAAAGGAUUUGAUGCUUUUCUCUCAGAACAGAUAUACUUAAUAUGACUUCCCAAGUUUGACUUGUAUAAUGUUACUGUCAAACUUUGUCACCUUAACUUCGUAUUUUUUGAUAUGCACUUUGCAGGAUGACCUCAGGGCUAUGUUGAUUGAGUAAAGGGAUUUGAAUCAAUGUAUUAAUGUCUCCAUAGCUGGGAACCCAUCAUGGGUACAGUUUGACAUCAGUUUCUGAAAUUUUUCACAGCAUUUGGGAUAUCAGAUUGCUGAAAACUCAGUUCUGAAUAUGUUGUACCCUUGAUUUGUAUCUCAAAUUGGCAUUUCAAAAUAUGGGCUUUUAUUUACCUGGAUAUAAUAGUGCCUGCCACCACCAUCAGACAGACCUGGUGCUCUACUACCGAGUUAAUACACAGGGCGAUUGUUGGCAUGUCUUCACUGGCACUGUAAAAUGUGGCCGAGAAGACAGGCUUUCAGAGUAAGAAGUCCGUAUUGGUGGUAAGAAACUCAGGUUAGGAGUACUUUUGUCUCAAAGUACCAGCUCUUUUAGCAUAUAGCUCUCAAAUGAGACCUGUCUGUGUGAAUCUGGGGGAGAUGAUGGACUCUGUCUGCUAAAUGCCAUUGUGCAUAAAUCACAUUUUGAGAAGCUACCUAAUGCAUAAGCUUUUUAAUGCUGUAAAAUAUAGUAGCUAAAAUUAAAUGCCACUUAGCUUUUUCAGAGAUGAAUUAAUGGACCGCCUGGUCAAAUUCAAAGCUUUUUGAUGUAUAAAAACUUUAUAAAUGGAACUAUUCCAUCGAUAGGCAAAGUGUAACAAAAACCUGUCUAGAUGGAUAGUAUGUAAUUU